AGACUUCCGUUUCGGUGUAUUGUUUCCCCUCCGUUUCUCUCUCUCUCUCUAAAAUAAACCAAAAUUCGAUCAAUCCAAAAACCCUUGCCAAAGUCUUUCCCCAUUAUUCUUCAUCCAUCUUAUUCACAAUCAAUCUAAUUUUAUAUCAAAGGAUUCAACCCCUUUUGUAUGCUAUCUUUUUUCUCUCCCUAAUUCUUUCGGCACACAGAGAUACAUAUGCAUAAAUUGUCUCUAUACAUAGAUACAUAAACAUUAGAGAGUCAUUAUUGUUAUUUGUGUACCAAGAAGAAAAAGAUGAGUGGGGGUAGGGUUACCAUUCCAAACAAUGUACGGAAGACGAUCCAGAACAUCAAGGAGAUCACAGGUAAUCACAGUGAAGAUGAGAUAUAUGCAAUGCUUAAAGAAUGUUCCAUGGAUCCAAACGAGACCGCUCAGAAGCUCCUCUUACAGGACCCAUUUCAUGAAGUUAAAAGGAAACGUGACAGAAAGAAGGAGAAUCCGAGUAAAGAAUCUACAGAGCCUAGAUGGAAACCUGGGAUGCAGGGAAGGGGUAACAGGGGUGGCAGAGGGAACUACUCAUCUCGCCACAUGUCUAAUGAUGCAGGUGGUGGAAGAACAGCUCUUUCUGCAAAGGAAAACGGGAUAAUCAAUAAAGGUGCGGAGGAAGGGGCAAAUCAGUCAAUUCCUCAGGGUCAGAAGAGUAAAGAGACAUCUGUUGAAAGUGAUAAGAAGCAAUCUGAAGUGACUUCAUCUACUUCUAGUAGUAAGAUGGAGGGCCAAGUGCCAAGGGUUGUUCCUGUUGAGUCAAGUAAGAUCCCAGCUGUUGCCUUAGGGUCUUCUAUGUUGACUUCCAAGAACACAUCUGCAUCCAAGACACCAUCAGUAUCACCUUCACCAGGGGUAUAUUUGUCCGAAAAAGAUCCUAUUUUGAUGCCAUCACAAGAUUCACGGCUGUCUGUGGGUACUAUUAGACGUGAAGUUGGGAGUAAAGUAGCUGCAGUUGAACAAAUUCAAGAGUCCCCUCUUAUGAUCAAAUCAACUGCUUCUGGUUCUGAGCAAGGGAAGGUGGGACCCGGUGAGCUUCAGGGAGUGGGGAAGAAUGUGGUUUCAGAGUCUUGUUCGCGACCAGGAUCAUCUUCUCAUGUCUCCUUUUCCAUUGCCAGGCCUUCAUCAAAUUAUAAUAAUAGGAUGCAACAAGCAAUUGGACCUCAAAAAGUUGGUCCUAGCAUGGAAUGGAAACCGAAACCAAUUGCUCAAAGUCAAGGGUCAAUUAAGGUGGCUGUGGCUGUGGUUCCAGUUGAAGCUCAUACUCCAACAACAGUUUCUUCUGCAUCCUCCACUAAUCUUGAUUCAAAGGAGGAUGAACUUGAGAAGAAGGUAAAGGAGUCACAUAUUUCAGAUGAUAAACAUGUCAUUAUCCCAAAUCACCUUCAUGUUCCUGAAGCCGAAAAACUCGGCUUCUGUUUUGGGAGUUUUGAUGCCACUUUCGGUUUUAAUAAAACCUCAAAUGGUCCUGUGAGUGACAAGACUUCUGAGGAGGCUGAUGAAAGAAGUAUAGAGGAGCAAAUGCAGUCCAGAAAUGAAAAGGCUGAUGGAGAGGAUGAUCAUCUUGAACGCCCUCCUACCACAUCUUCAUCUAAUGUACCCGAGAGUUUACCAACGGAAGGUGACAUGUCAUCGAAUGCGGGACCCGAGUACAGAGAGCCCAAGCAAGAGACCUCUUCUUCUUCUUCACUUCCAACUCCAAGUCAUCAAUACCCAGUUGUUCAUACAUCUCCAAAUCCAAACUUCAGUUUUGGGUUCAUGCCACCAAUGAUUGGAAGCCAAGUUACAUCUUUUGAAAACACCGAGUCUCAGGCACGCGAUGCUUCUCAUGUCCCAAGCUUUGUAGUUCAGCAACCGUUUGAUCCAGCAACCUAUUAUGCUCACUUUUAUCGUGAGAGUGAUGGACGCAUGUCACCUUUCCACUCAACCACAAAGUACAAUGGAAAUGUUCCACAGCCUUCUCACUCUUCUCAAGAGGUCGGGAACUCACUAAUGUUAUCCACCACCAGUCCAACACCAACAGCCGCCACACAAACCAUGCAAAGCUCCAUAUCCGUCACUCAACAACCAUUACCUGUUUUCCGGCAGCCACCAGGGGUUCAUCUACCCCAUUACCCUCCAAAUUACAUCCCAUACGGUCCAUAUUUCUCCCCAUUUUAUGUCCCUCCACUAGCUGCUAUCCAUCAGUUUUUAAGCAAUGGGACAUUCCCACAACAACCACAGCAAGGUAGCGGCAUGUAUCCAGCACCACCACCAGUGGCCGUGGCCGCCGCCUCUAAUUCUAAAUACCCGCUUCCACAGUAUAAGCUCGGAAGCAAUAACUCAGGACAUAUUGGAAUGGCGGGAAGCUAUGGACCAUAUGCUUCAGCAGCCCCUGCUGCUGCUAAUUCCACCUCUAAUGAAGACCUUGGUGGGUCCCACUCCCACUCCCAGUUUAAGGAAACUAAUGUUUACAUCACUGGCCAGCAGAGUGAAGGUCCGGGUGUAUGGAUAGCGGGACCCGGACCAGGUCGAGACAUGUCGGGUUCUUUCUAUAAUCUCCCUCAAGGCGGUCAAGUGGCAUACACCACCCCAACACAACAACCUAACCACGGCCACGCGGCGGCCUUUGCUAAUAUUUAUCACCCGCCUCAACCCGUAACCACCGGUGCGGUUCACCCACUGGCUGCUGGUGGACCGGGUAGUGUGGACAUGGUGGGACCCGCAGCUAGUGUCUAUCAGCAGCAACAACCCCAACCAACUCAAAUCAACUGGCCUAACAACUACUAAAGUAACAAACUUCAACAAUCAAAACCCAAAACCCAAAAAGGUAUGAGUGGAUGGAUUAUUAGGGAUUUGAGUGUAAAUCAUCUUAUAUAGGAGGGAGAGGAGGUUGGAAGUUUUGAUAGAAGAGAUUAUGUUAUUGUUGGAGGAUAUAAUAUAUAUAUAUCAUUAUCAUAUAUAUACAUAUAAACAAAAAAAAGAUGAAUUCCUCUUGUAACCGAUAAAGCGACCAUUUUUUAAAAGGUGGAGUGAUGGGGGUGGGGGGUGGAAGUGUUUAUUCGGUCUUGUCUUUUUUCUUGGUGGGUGGUAUAUGGUUUUUGGUCAUGAGUCUGGUGGAUGUGGAUGAUCUUCUAUUUUCUGUUUUGAAAUUUGAGGUUUUAUAGGACUCAUGGAUUUAGGGUCUAGAAGCUUAUUAUGUUUUCUUGCUUGUUUUUUUU